AUGCACUCAAAUGCUUCUUCUGCUAGUUAUCUCGACGAACCUGGGCGGUUUCAUUUUCGCUUUCGAAUUUCUUGUAGAUAUGCUAUGGAUUCACUACCGAAGGAGAUUUACGUGCGUUACUUGUCAUCGUUGGUUGUUUCACUGGUAUUCAGUGCCGCCUUUCUCAUGUGUGGUUGUUCAAUUGUCAGUUUGAGCAUUUUCUCCCCGUUGUACCCAAACAGAAUGUGGGACCCAUUAUUAUUCAUGCUUAGCAUUGGAAUAUCAUUGUUGGUUGUCAAAAGUUUCUAUACGCAUUUGAAAGCUUCGGAUAUUGCAUUCAGCAAAAAUAGUGAAUUUAUCCAAAUUCUGGUCGAUCAACACAAUCUCUUAUUUUCUUUGACCUUGCUUGUCCUGGGGUCCCUGCAAGCGUUCACUGUGACUCGGUUGAUGGGCUACAGUGGGCGAAUUGCCUGGAUUCUUCAGUACGGCGGCUUCAUUGGCUUUUCUUUUGCGAUCUAUGCUAUAUCUCAAAACCUGCUUACGUUGACUUUUGAUAACAAGCCGGUUUCUCUUCUUGAUAUAUUCAAGGAUGCAAUUUUGCAAAAUGUUUUGCGAACCCUGGGUCGAAUGAUCUAUUUUGUUUUGUUUUACACUUCAUUAAAAUCCGUUGUGCGGUUGGGAUAUAAUUCCCCAUUCCUAAACUCAUAUGUUGGGUUGUUGAAGGAUUUUGACCUCUCAGUGGUACAGGAGAUGUACAUUGUUGGACUUUUCAUUUUCACAACAUGGAGCGCAUCUCUUAAUAUUCUUCAGAAUGCCAUCACCAAGAGUUUGCCUCUUAUUGAUAGUGAUGAAAGUCAUUUGAUGGUGGUCAGUGAUUAUCUCGACAAUUCAAAUGCCAAUGGUCUCAUACACCACCUAUUAUUGGGUAGACUCGCUGAUUCUAUUGCUGCUGAUGCAAAAACCCGGGAACAAGUAUUUAAUAUUACGGAUAUAAAUGGUCAAGUGACUGUGUGGCUUCGGUUGAAUGAGUCGUGCCUUAAGAAAUUGGAGACCUUCCUAAGUGGCGUGAAUAAAGCUAAUAAGCAGCUCACCGCUGGCCAUUCUGCGAUGAUUGCGAUUUCCCGUCCAUUCGAGCACCUAAAUGCGCCAUUGCUGUUCCCGAAAACUGCUCCUUUAAAAAAUCACAGUGAUCAAGAAGCAUUUGGACCAACUAUUCGCCAUCUUGUGAACGAGACUUCAGCUUUCUGCACGAGGCUACCGUUUCUCCGAUACUUGCUUCGAGAUGUGCCAUUCGCAUCCACAUGGCGCCUCUUCAGUUCUGGCGGGACAAACCAGGUGGUGAAUAUAUGGAGCACUGCCGAGGAGUCUUACCAAUCGGGGCAGGCUGUUAUUUGGGCUACAGAAAUCCUUGGAAUUUUGACUCUCUCUUCGUACAUAGAAGAUCGUUUAGGAGCAGUGCAGCGCUCUCUUGGGCUGAUAUUGAGUACGAUUGAUGAGUGUCUCGAGGCUAUGGAAUUGCAUUUCAAGUUGGUUGGUCUCGCACCCCCUCACAGCAGUUUGACUUCACUCAAGUUGGAGACGCACUGCCAGAUUCCCAGUGUGCCAACACCCGAAAAGGAGAAUGCGACGACGGUUAAUGCCUACCGAUACGCAUCGGAUACCAACCUUCCCUGGCGCAUUCAUGCCACGCUACGUUGGGCCCUGGUCUCGUGUCUCCGCCAGUUUGGCAGUCAUCUUAGGUACGAACUGACCUUUCUCCAGACUGUCCUAGUCGGCAAAUGGUUAAAACAAUUUCCCCGUUCUUACCUAAGACCUUUCAAACGUUAG